CCGGACUCCCGCCUUGGUCGACUGGUCUCUGGCAGCCCUCAACGCUUUGGGCACUCUCAAUUACAUGUUACAAACAGCAUAGUUCAAUAUCGCCAGAUAGUCACCAAUGCUGGCGCACGCCCCUUUCUUGGCCCGCCACGGCCGUGUUCUCUCGACUGUAUACCUCAUGCAUACUCAUCACGUCCGCCCACGCCCAUCCACCAGUUCUGUAACUCAAAUUUACCAGGGUAUCCGAGUUAGAAACGGAUCUACGACCUCAAAUACCCUAUAUGCUUUCCCCACACAUCCGAAUCCCACACCACACCAGAUCUUCCACCUUCCGCGCGGUGCAAGUCAGCAUGAUGUCAAAGCUCGCUACUACGACCUUGUCCGCGCACACCACCCGGACUCGGCCUUGGCCCGCGGGCUCGAGCCAGCCGAAGCGACGCGACGCUUCGCAGCCAUCGGUGCAGCGUACGACACCCUCCGUGGCAAAUCACCGUUUUCGUCAUCAUCUUCCUCGUCAAACCCAUGGAGCAGACCAGGUGACGACGAGAUGCGCGAGGAGCUUCGACGGCGUGCAAGGGCUGGGAGGGCGCAUCAUCGGUCGCGGACGGACUUCGAUGACGAUUUCUGGCACGGACAUGGGCAUUGGGGUGGACACGGCCGGUGGCACGGUGCGGCUGAGGUAGGACGGAAUCAGAGCUGGAAGGACUGGGUGAUCAUCAUUGGUGGUGGUCUGACAUUCAUAGCGGGCACCGUCCCAUACGUUCUUUCCUCCUCGGCGUCCAACUCCAAUAGCCACCACCGCCUCGCUGCACAGAACCUUGCAGAUGCACGCGCGGAAGCGAAGGAGGUUGGCGCCGCCCGUCGGCGUGAGAUUCGGAGACGAGUAAGAGCGCACGAGCUCGAGUGCGCCGAGGAGGCGCUUGAACGCGCUAAUGCAAAGGGGCGAGAGGCGUUGGAAAAUGAGAUGACGACAUUGGGGAUGGAGGAGAGGGGACGGACAAGGGCAAUACUGCAGAAGGAGCGUGAGAGGCGGGAUAAGAUGGCGAGAAGGACGGGACGAACCCCAGGCUCGCUAUGGAAUGAGGGUGGCGAUGAUAAGACCGAGGGCGAAUGGUUAGGCGGCGAGAGGGCUGACACCGAGGGGCUGAAUGGGAGCUUGAUGAAAUCGAGCAAGACAAAGCCUUGAAGAGGAGCAUGGGCCAGUUCCUCGUUCAGACGGGCACGGAGAAUGGGG